CAUGGUUCCAUGUUUUCAUUUUCUUGUUUAAUGCACGUUUUUUCGUUUAAUUUUUUAUUGAAUCGCGUUCGGAUUUAGUGGAUUAUAAUUUUUCUUCAUCUUAUUUGGCGGUGCUAUUGAUAAUGUCAAACUGAUAAUGGCGGACGAUUUUGACAUAGAAGCAUUGCUUGAAGCCCCUUAUAACAAAAAAGAACCAGAAACUCUACCGAAAGACAGUAACGGAACUGAAGAGAAAUCUCGUAAAGAAAAGUCUCAUAAAAGUCGCCAUCGCUCUAAAUCUCAGUCUCGGGAUAAAUCUCGAAAACGAAGUCGUUCUAAAGAUCGUAAACAUAGACAUAAGAGUCGUUCAAAAGAUAGGCAUCGUAGUCGUUCUAGAGAUCGACAUUCACGUCGACGGUCUAAAGACAAGCGUACUCGAUCCAGAUCUCCUGUUAAACUACCCAAGUAUGGACCGCCUUUACCCCCACCUCGAUAUGGUAGAAAACAAUCCCCUUUAGCGUCUAAAGUGCCACCAGCUAGUAUGUUAACUCCAGAAGAAAGAGAUGCUAGAACUGUAUUUUGUAUGCAACUCUCGAAAACUAUUCGAGCAAGAGAUUUAGAAGAAUUUUUUUCGUCAGUUGGCAAAGUAAGAGAUGUUAGAAUGAUAACAUGUAAUAAAACUCGACGGUUUAAAGGGAUUGCUUAUAUAGAAUUCAAAGAUCCUGAAUCUGUGCCUUUAGCUAUGGGUUUAAAUGGGCAAAAACUUCUUGGCGUUCCUAUUGUUGUACAACCCACUCAAGCAGAAAAAAAUCGAAUGGCUAAUUCUAUGCCUAACAUGGUACAGCGAACUCAUUAUGGACCUAUGAAACUGUACGUAGGUUCCUUGCAUUAUAAUAUCACGGAAGAUAUGUUAAGAGGUAUUUUUGAACCAUUUGGUCAUGUGGAUAAUAUUCAGUUGAUGAUGGAUACUGAAACUGGAAGAUCCAAAGGAUACGGCUUUCUAACAUAUCGCAACGCGGAAGAUGCCAAAAAAGCACUUGAACAUUUAAAUGGAUUUGAAAUUGCUGGACGUCCUAUGAAAGUCGGACAUGUAACAGAAAAUCAUUCUAUGUAUGAUAAAACUGCGUUUGAAGUCGAUGAAUUAGAUAGAGCUGGGUAUGAUUUAGGAGCUACGGGUAGAUUACAACUUAUGUAUAAAUUAGCAGAAGGUACUGGAUUCCCAAUUCCUCAAGCUGCUGCUAAUGCUCUACAAGUUGCCUCUGGUGUGACACCUGCACCAGCGGCACCCGCUGCCCAAGUGACGCCUCUUAUCGCCACUCAAUGCUUUUUACUGGCUAACAUGUUUGAUCCAAACAAAGAAGACAUGGCUGAAAACACUACUUGGGAAAAUGAAAUUAGGGAUGACGUUAUUGAAGAGUGUAACAAACAUGGUGGGGUAUUACAUGCGUACGUGGAUAAAGCAUCACCACAGGGCAAUGUCUAUGUCAAAUGUACAACAAUCGAAACUGCUCUUGCAUCUGUUGCGGCUUUGCAUGGAAGGUGGUUUGGUGGAAGGGUUAUCACUGCGGCAUAUGUACCUGUAGCAAACUAUCACAAUUUGUUUCCAGAAGCUUCUUCACUUACAAAACUGUUGGUACCAACUAGAAGUAAAAAUUAAAUAUAGAUAUGCGACAAUUAUUUUUUAAUUUUUUUUUUUUUUUUUAAUUUAAAUCGACAAAUUUAGCAUUGUUACAUUAUUUUCUACACUUAAUUUAAAUAACCUGCCUCAAUAAUUUUUCAAAUUAUCCUUUAUAGAAGGGAAUAAUUCAUAAGUACCCUAAAUAAAUAUUACUACCAUCAUUAAAAAAUACUACAAGAAAUAUAUAAAUUUUCUAAAAAUCCACCAUUUUUCCUAGACGAUGUGACUAAUAUCAGUAGUUGAAACACUAUUUUAUUUAUGGUCGGGUUAAAGUGUUAAAAUAAGUAUUUAGGUUUCAGUUUUAAAAAAUAUAUAUUUAUAUAUUUCUUUUUUUAUUUAAUAUUUAUAUAUAUAUAUAUAAUUUUUUUGUGUAUUUACAUCUGAUUUAAUUAAUUUCAUUAGUUGGCACAGUAUGUUAAACGUUUAAUUUUUUUUUUUUCUAGUGCACUAAUAAUUGUCAAAUAAUCUUGUAUUGAUUUAUUUGUAAUAUAUUAUACAACUAUAUAAAAAUAGUUGUUACUAUUUUCUAUUCAUCCUAGGUCAAUGAUGAUGUUACCUAUUCUGAUUUAUAAAUAUACUUAUGAAUUGAUAUAACCCUAUUACAAAAUAUUUUUAUAUUUUAAUAAAAUAUAACCCGUAUUCAAUACAAAAAACCUUUCUAAUGUGGAAGGUUUCCUAUAUGAUUUAAUGGUAGUAGAAACUAUAGAAAGUGUACAUAUUCAAAUUACCAAUGUAUAAAAUCUUAUUUUGACAUUGUAACCAUGUAUUAUAUUAAGUGAAAUGGAACAUCCAAAAACCGGAUGUGAAAUAUUUGAUUAUGUAUGAAUAAACUAUUUUCUUAAUUUAUAA